AGAAGAUGCAACUCUAGAUGUUUACGCAUAGUGAACAAAAGUGAAAGUUGGAUGACAAGCAGCUUUUCGGCAACUGUUUCCGGAAAUUAUGUCAAACCCUUGAGUAUACCUGGACAGCAGUUGUAUUUGCGUUGACAAGCCAUCUGGCUUAGUACAAUCAAAUGAAAUGCCAUGCUUUCCCAAAAAACUGCUACCUGAAAAAGACUUUGAAGAAAAUUUUAAUAAUACAGCAAUAGUCAGAAAAACAUUGGUCCUCUUCAGUUUAAGAAAGGGGAGCAGUGUCCUUUGGGAUACAUGGGGCUACGCAUACAAUGAUCCUGGUAAUCAACAUGCUGAGCUUUUGGUUUUGAGUCAUAUUGAAGGAUAUAUCCAAGAAAAUCAUAUCAAAGGAAAUUAUAUAAUGACAUUAUUUAUGUCAUAUACUCCUUGCCACAAAUGCAGUAUUAGGAUAACUUCUUUCUUGGCAUCAAGAAAUGGACUGUACAUGGAAAUAAAAGCUUCAAGGCUAUAUUUUCUUAAAAGUGAAGGACAAAGGGGCCUCUGUCUUCUGAAGAGGACUGAUGUCCUCUUCAAAAUGAUGGACAGACUGGACUUUGAAGAAUGCUUCUAUUUAUUUGUGCACCCAUCAAAGAAAUUUGCAUCAUGGCCAAAUUUGGAUGAACAAAGCAGGAAGAAUGCGGAUGAUUUGGAUGCGCUUUGGAAACAGACAAAGAAUGAAAAAUUUACAGCAAAAGAAAAGAAGACAGAAGAAAAGGCCAGAGAGGAAAUUAAAAUAUUCAACUAUGACAAUAUGAUUGAACUGGAUGACAUUUCAGCUUGUGCUGCAUUACAACUGGAUGCCCCUGAAUUUUCCAAUACAAGAAUUAUUUUGGAAAGUCUCUGUCAAACACCAGAGAGAGAAGGAACUCAGCUAUCAGGACCAGAGACCCCUCAGAAGUUGAACUCCUCAGAAAGAAUAACAGAAGCCAGCCAGAUUGUUAAAAGGAAACUUGAUUUCUAGAGAACUAGAAAGCAUAAAUGUAAGCUUUCCCAUUUGAUUUUUUCUUUGUCCUGAACCUGUAACAAAGUAUCAGUCAAGAAGCUAUCUAAAUGGAAUGUUAGUAUCUUUACUGCCCUGUCAGAGCAGUCUGGUGCCUUACAAUACAGUGGGCCCUUGUUAUACGCUACAGUUUGGUUCCAAGGUCCCCUGUGGAUAACAAAAUCCGUGGAUGUUCAAAUCCCAUUAAAUAUAAUGACAUAGCAAAAAUGGUG